CUUCAGAUGGGCUUCUUGUUUAGGACCGGUUAGCUAUUCCGUUUAACGUUGCAAAAAUGACAAUGAUGUUGCAGUCGCUUGGACAUCCAGUGCGUCCUUAGAGUGCGUUCCAGGCUACUUCCAUCACGGGAAAGCGCUCGAGAAACUUGGACCAAAGGGAUGCGCCAACGAGUGCAUAUCUUGGCAGGGAUCAGUUAUUGAGGACUGGAAAUGGCACACAGUGGGCUAUCCCUAUGGAAUGAGACUCUUCAUUUUCCUGCUCUGUCAUAAAAGAAUCAAACAGCUCAUAACUUCUGAUAUUUCCCCGGACUGAAAUCUGCUCGAGACUGCCGGACGACGGAAGGCAUCCAAUCCUGCAUUUUGAUGCGGAAAGUUGCAAAUGCUGUGAAUGGAUUUUGUGGCUGCUGAAGUUAUUUUCAUGUCAGCACUGUGACGGAGGUUUGAGGGUUAGACACCUGCCUCUGGGAUCACCGGUGGACAUAUCAGCUGCGGACGGAUUUGUCGACGCGAUAAGCGCUCAUAGAGAAGUCUCUGGCACAGGCAGAUCUUCUGAUGAUCUAAUGGAACUGAAUUUACGAGUAGUGCUGUUCUGGGUCCUGGUGCUGCACUGUGGCUCUGCUGAAGGCAGUAUCCUGUACCGGGUCCAGGAGGAGCAGCCUCCCAACACUCUCAUUGGUAGCCUGGCAGCAGACCAGGGUCUGCCGGACUCAGGUCAUCUCUACAAGCUGGAGGUGGGUGCCCCUUACCUACGUGUGGAUGGAAAGACGGGAGACAUUUUCACCACAGAGAUUCCCAUAGACAGAGAGACCCUGAGGGACUGUCGAUCCCUGGCUAAGGGUAAGCCCUGCUACCUGGAAUUUGAAGUAUCAGUGACCGAUCUGAUACAAAACCAGAGCCCACGACUCAUUGAAGGACGCAUUGAGGUACAGGACAUCAAUGACAACACUCCACAAUUCCCCUCUUCUGUGCUCACCAUCUCUGUCCCAGAGAACACGAUCAUGGGGGCUCUGUUCUCCAUACCACUAGCUACAGACAGAGACUCAGACAGGAAUGGAGUGGCGGAUUAUGCUCUGACUGCAGGGCCAGACGCGGCAACCCUAUUUGGUUUACAGGUGGCUGACGACAGGGGAGGGAAGCUCCCACAGCUUAUUGUCCUGGGCAACCUAGAUCGCGAGUUAAAGGAUUCCUAUGACCUCACCAUCAAGGCAGUGGAUGGAGGAAACCCACAGCGCUACAGCAGUGCUCUGCUGAGAGUGGUAGUCACUGAUGCCAAUGACAACUCCCCCAAGUUUGAGAGGUCCACGUAUGAGGCAGAAGUGUCAGAAAAUAGUCCAGUGGGGCACUCCGUGUUGCAGGUUAAAGCAAAUGACUCUGACAUGGGCCCUAAUGGAGAAAUUGAGUACACCCUUCACCAAGCUGUAGACCCAGUGCCGAAACUCUUACGGAUUGAUCGCUCCACAGGCAUUAUCUAUGUCAAAGGACCCCUGGACAGGGAGGAAAUCAGCAGCUUGUCCUUCUAUGUGGUGGCGAGGGAUAAGGGUCCUCAACCUAAAAGCUCCAAGACAUUUGUAACCAUUGAGGUGACUGAUCAAAAUGACAAUGCUCCAGCCGUGGAGAUUCGUGGAAUUGGUCUUGUGACACACAGUGAAGGAGUGGCUAACAUAUCAGAGGACAUGCCAGUUGGAACAGCUGUUGCUUUGGUGCAAGUGUCCGACAAGGAUGAGGGAGAGAAUGCUGUGGUUACUUGCGUGGUCGCAGGAGACGUACCCUUCCAGCUACGGCCUGCCAGCGACUCAUCCAGUGACAACAAGAGGAAAUACUUCCUACAGACCACCACUCCCCUCGACUACGAAAGGAUUAGGGAUUACCGAGUAGAGAUUGUGGCUGUGGAUUCUGGAAAUCCAGCACUCUCUAGUACAAAUUCUCUGAAGGUGCAGGUGACUGAUGUGAACGACAACUCUCCAAUAUUCUCCCCAACCUUGUUUGAGGUAGAUUUUGCCGAAGAAAACCAACCAGGGGAGAAAGUUUUGGAUGUUACUGCUUCAGAUGCUGACAGUGGCACUAAUGCAGAACUCCUCUAUAAUAUUGUGGCAGACUCAUCCAUCAAAGGUCUGUUUGAGAUUGACCCAAAUACUGGUGAAGUAAGAGCCCGAAGCCCACUUGACCGUGAGCAUAAAGAACACUACGAGUUCCGGGUCACUGCAGCGGAUAAAGGGUCACCUGUUCAUAAAGGAACAGCAACUGUUGUAAUAAAAGUCCUUGACCGCAAUGACAACGACCCCAAGUUCAUGCUUAGUGGCUACAGCUUUUCAGUUUUGGAAAAUAUGCCUCCCCUAAGUCCAGUUGGCAUGGUGACAGUCCUGGAUGUGGACAAAGGUGAGAACGCUCGUGUCCACCUCUCUGUAGAGCCUGAUGGAGGGAAGUUUGUUGUCCAAAAUGGAACAGGCACCAUUCUGUCAAGCAUCUCAUUUGACAGGGAGAAAGAAAGCAGCUAUACUUUCCGUCUCAAAGCAGUGGAUGGAGGAGACCCACCUCGGUCUUCAUAUGUGGGCGUUACCAUCAAUGUCCUGGAUGAAAAUGACAACGACCCUGUGGUCACCAAGCCCUCCAAUUCCUCCUUUAGGCUCUUAUCACCUCUAGCCUCCCCAGAUAGCCACGUUGAGGUAGUGGAAGCUGAAGACCUGGAUAGUGGGCCUAACGCAGAGCUGGUCUUCAGUAUUGCUGGUGGAAACCCUUACCAGUUAUUUCGCAUUUCCCCCUCCAGUGGGGAGAUCACUCUAGCAAAAGAGAUGACCCGUAAACAUGGCGGACUGCAUCGCCUAGUGGUGCGAGUGAGUGACAGGGGGAAGCCUGCACGUCAUGCCACUGCCCUGGUCCACAUCUAUGUCAAUGAAACCAUUUCAAAUGUCAGCUUAGUGGAAGCUCUAGUAGGACAUAGUCUUUACACUCCACUGGACAGGGACAUUGCUGGUGAUCCUGACAAUGGCUUUGCUGCGCAGCGUAGUAACAUUUUGUUUGGAAGCCUUGCUGGUGUGGCAGGUGUUGUCAUGUUGAUCCUAGUGGUGGUAUUUAUUCGACACCGCAUCCAGAGAGAGACUAAGAGUGGGUAUCAGGCUGGCAAGAAGGAAACAAAGGACUUAUACGCACCCAAACAGGCACCAAAGAAUGCCAAAGGGAAACGUGGGAGAAAAGGGAAACCCCAGAAGUCCCCAAAACCACUCGGAGAAGACGAGGAAGUCAGCCUUCAAAAGAGUCUCAAGUUCAACCUUGAUGGAGUCAAUGAUAGCCCCAGGAUACACCUGCCCUUAACAUAUUCACCAGGAAGCCCUGAUAUAGGCAGACACUACCGCUCCAACUCCCCCUUACCCUCCAUCCAGCUGCAGGCCCAGUCCCCUUCAGCCUCGCAGAAGCAUCAGGCUGUCCAGGACCUUCCUGCCGCCAACACCUUUGUAGGAACGGGAGGAGAUGACAACUCUACCGGCUCAGACCAGUACUCAGAUUACAGCUACAAGACCAGCCAAAUGAAGUACAGCAACAAACAGCAUCCCCAUCGGCGAGUGACCUUCUCCACCACCAACCCCGUGCAGGACCUGCAGGACGCCUCUCAGCACAGCUACUAUGACAGCGGCUUGGAGGAAUCGGAGACUCCCAGCAGCAAGUCAUCGUCUGGUCCUCGCAUCGGACCCCUGACCCUGCCUGAGGACCACUAUGAGAGAACCACUCCAGAUGGCAGCAUUGGAGAGACCGAGCACCCUGAAAACGAUAUUCGCUCCCUCCCUGACGUGGCAAUGACCGGAAACUGCACAACUGAGUGCAGCGAAUUGGGCCACUCAGACGCCUGCUGGAUGCCCGGACAUCCCUCCCCCGUACGCAAGACCAGGAACCCCCCGAAACUCUCCACCUUCGUGCCUUACCAGGAGAGAGGGAGCCUGGGACGCCUGGCCAACGGGAGCGCCAGGCUGGGUGGCGAGGAGCACCGGCCGCGCCUUCCGCCCUCCCGCAGUGCCUAUUCCAACAGCGGUCACGACGCCAGUCAGGACUGCCCCUCAGAGGAGAUGCCCCUGAGCGUCGCCUCUGAGUUCCCGCCCACCUCCCCUUCUGCCCACACUCCAAAAAGAGAAAUUUACCUGUGAGGAAUAUCGUCAUCUGAUUGGUGCACAAACGAAGAAAAGAUCCACCCACUUCAGAAGGAGAAACAGGCUGUCCACAUGCUAAAGCCAAUGCCCGUUUUGUAGGUAACAAUAGGCUGUGACUCAUCCAACCACUGGCAUGAACACUUGUUUUUGUCAUUUCCUCCUUAAAUUAUUAAUUUAUUAGCAUAUUUAUUAAGAAUUCCACAAAGUUAAUUAAUGCAGUCACUCAUUUAUUUAUACAAGAUCCUGAAGGAUACAGAUCUAACUGAUCAAAAGGAAACGCAGAUGGUAAUUGCUACUCUCGUAGUAACUGAAUAUUGUUGUAGUUAGCCAAGUCCCAUUCUGUGAAGUGAUCUCUUGAAUUUGAAAGUUGUGAUCAGUGCUCUUGUGCCAUUAUUAGACAUAAUUUAAUAGACAGCCAGUCAGGCCCGAUCAGAAGGCAUAACACUUUUGACUAACAAUCAACUGAAACGGUCUAUCUUAAUGUACAGUGAUGUAUAUACAUUUGAAUGGUGUGUUCUACAUAUAUUUUUGUCUGGCAUAAGCUGAAAAAAAAUUGCCUCAGAAUUUUAGCAUAUUUAAGCUUUUCUUUGCUGCUGCUGUUUAAACUUGAUUGAAACCAUCUCCAGAAAGUGGAGCUCGAUAUCGUGAAAGGCAUUUAUCCGCUCCACACAAUCACAUACACACACGCACACACACACCUUGGACCCCUAAUCAUAGUAGAAUGGCCUUUACCUCUGCUCCCUGUAGAGCUCUGCCACUGGUGGAGAAAGCUGUGUGGCAACAUUUAAACUGACAUUAUGUUCCACUGACUCUCAGCACUGUGACCUAUCGUUCAUCAUGAAAACGGUUGACUUGGCCACAGCACCCCGCAGUCACAAUGACCAAACGCAGAGUACUCACUGGACAAAUUCUGAUUGGCUUUUUCAAAUGAAACCUUGUGACACACUCCGUUGAUGAAAUCAUACCAGUGUAUCAGUUAAAAGAAAAAAAAAAAACUCCUCUCUGUCGUGACAAUCAGACGGACUCUCACAAUCCUUUCCCCUCACGAUCCAUAAGAACUUCUGUAGAUCUUAUGAAUUCAGAGUUAUUUACAUGAAAGGGCACUUGAGCGUGGAUAACCACUGGAGAGCUCGAGCACUUACCGAAGUUAAUAACACGCUGACGUACUACAUGAGUGCUCUUUGAUGAGAGUACUUUCUUUGUUUUAUAAAGUAUCAGUUCUCACUAGAUACUUCUUCAGAGGUGAAUUCAACACAGUGCACACUGAAAGACUAAAUUUAUGGACAAUGUGGAUCUUGAGUUGGUAAGUCCAAUUAAGUAUUUGGAGUAACUGUCAAUACCAUGAGGAAUUUCUCAAUAAAUAUUUGAUUUUAAGGUAUACUAUGCAGGACUGUCAGUUGGGCUCGUCAACCCCAGGUUCAGUCUCGUUUGGUGUUUGGCCUUGCUAUAUUUGCAUUAUUUGGCACAGUGUCUCUUGGAUGCCUGCUGCCCACGGUCUGGCACCUGGUCACUGUGGGGGUACAUGCCUAUAAACCUCCUGAACACAGAAAAUUAGAAGAACAUAGAGAAAGAGGGCAGAGUCUCUGCAGAAAAAUACACCGCCACACACUUCUGCCUAAGUGAUGAUUGAGAGGGAUUACUUCUGUAUGAGUCUAUACAUUGUUUUUCAGGAACAUCCUGCAUAGUAUAUUUUAAAUGUCGGUGAUUAAUCCCUGCAAAUGCAGAGUGUUGUUGAGCUUGAACAUAGGAUUAGAUAGUAGGAGUCAGGCUUGAUUUACUGCAACUCUUGUUAAUUAUGAUUUUCCCUGUAUUGAGGACAACAUGCUUAAUAAAUUAUAAGGCAUUUUUCCUCUGGCUAUU